CAACAAAGAAUUGAUCAAAAUUUAGAGUAGAUCUCUGUAUUUUAUUCCUUAAAAUAGUUAUCGGUUAUAAGACAUUUACCAUGUGACACUACCAUGUGAUUUGUCAACCAGUAGCACAGUUUGUGUUAACAAAUCUGGAUGUCAGAAAUGGAAGAAGGGGAGAGUACUGAUGUUAAACAGAAUUUAUUAGCUAGAGAGAAGCCACUUCCAGACACUGAGCCAGAGGUCUCAAACAACAAUGCCAGUAAAUACCAGUCUCCAGGUACACUGGAACAUCGUCCUGAAGACUUGCUGCUUGAGGUGAAGUCUGAGGUACUUUCUGAUGAUGAACAAGGAAAUGAGGUGCGUGACGAUUCGGAUGAGGUUCAUGAUCGUUACAUCAGACUAGUUCACUCUAAAAAUGUUGUUGAGCACGCAGCGAGUGAUUUAGCUCACAAGGAACAUGAAACUUGCAGCCUGUGCAGUACCGAGCUACCUCAGAGUUUCACUGUCAAGAAGGCAAGAAAAAAGCAGGUCCCCGGCGAAAAAAAGUUCGCCUGCAAUAUUUGUUGUAAAGAGUUCGCCAGGCGGAAUAAUUUACUGCAGCACCUCAUGGUGCACACGCGGGAGAAAAAUUACAUCUGCAGUGUGUGUGACAAGGAAUUCACGCAGAUCAGCAAUUUGAAGCGCCACCUGCUUGUUCAUUCAGGGGAUAAACCUUUUGUUUGCGAUAUAUGCAAGCAGGGGUUCUCUCAGAAGGAGACGCUCAAACGACAUGAGGUUGUUCACACGGGGGAAAGACCCUACAUAUGUGGUAUUUGUAACGUAGGUUUCACACAAAGUGGAAUUUUAAAGCGUCAUCAGCUAGUCCAUACAGGAGAGAAGUCGUUCUUUUGCUCGUUGUGUAGUAAACAGUUUUCCAGCAAUAAUAGUUUAAAGCGUCACCAACUGGUUCAUACGGGUGAAAAGCCUUUUAUUUGUUAUGUUUGCAAGCAGGGGUUUUCUCAGAAUGAGACGUUGAAAAGACACUUAUUGAUCCACUAAAGCAUUUCAAGUUUUUAUUGUUAAAUUUUAGUACAGGAUUGUGUUUUUUUUUUUUUUAAAUUGUUUUGAUGUAAUAUCAAUGUUAGCAUCAACCUUUCUGCUGUUCAUCAAAAACUUCUGUGUUAAUUAUAUGUCAGUCACUUAUUUUUUUCAUCUCUUUGAUGUUAUUUAUCCAAACAGUAGUGUUAAGGGGAUAUGCACAGUUUUUUUUUCUAUUUUGUUACAAUUUAACAUAUAAAGCAAUUUAAAUUGUUUUAUCAUGUUUAGCAAAGUAAAUAUUAGACUGGAAAAAGGAGUUUGAAAACAAUUACUGUCGUCAUGGAAUUUUUUGUACAUUUAAAAACAUUAACUGCUUCUAUUUGAGUAUAUAUUAAAACUUUUGUGACAGCAUUAUUUUCAUAGAGCUACUAGUCAGAAUCCUACAAGGUCAGAAAGUUUGCACUUUUUUAGUAUGCUACGCAUAUCUCCUUAACAAAGUUGUGUGUGUAUUAAUGUUGACUUUGUUGUUCAGUUUUAGUUUUUUAAAUUAUCAGAGCAUGUCUUGUGAUUUGUCCCCUCAUGUAUUGGUCUAAAUUGACUAAUUCUUCAUGUUAGUAAACAUUUCAUUGUAAUGUUUCUAUUUUAAGUGAAUAAGUAGUAUAAAUUAUAAUUAAGAUCAUGAUUGAAAAUUCGCAGUAUAAAUUUAUUUUAUUAUGCGACAUUAGUUUUCUGCUUGAAAAGAGUUUUACAUUUUUAUUUUAACAAUUUUAUUCUAGACUGUUUGAUUAUUGCAAUUUGCACGGUAUGACCUACAUAAAUUUAUAACUAAUUUAAAUUACAACCAAGUCAUUUAAAGCUCCAAUGGUUCCAUGUGCAUACAGUAUUUUGAAACAAUAUAUAUAUAUAAAUAUAUACAGUAUACAAAAGACACCAAUGGUUUACACAAACAUAGUAGUAAAUAGGCCUAUAUGUAAAUGUUUAUAAUUAGCAUCAGAUGAUGUCUGUGUGAGUGUAUGUAUCUGUUAUAAUGAUUAUUAAUUACAUAAAUUAAUUAAAAUAU